CAAACUUCCAGAAAACUGAAAAACAGCCGAAACACUGAGUUCCUUUACAUCCAGAUUAAACCCAGCUGGUCGCAGUUUCUUUUGAUUCAUAAUAAAUGAAACAUUUUGAUCUCUAAUGAUGGAAGAAUUUAAUGUUUCAGUUGAUUUUUGACUUUGAACUCACUUACUGCUGAAACAAACUACACAAAUAAACCUGAUUGAUUAAAAACUGAAAAAUACUAAUUUAUAAGAGACACCACACAGUAAACAUCAAAGGUUUAUCUAACAAUUCUUGGUUUAUUACUUUAAUAUGAAAUGCAAUGAAAACAGUGAGAUUAUUGUUAGUAAAUGGUCAGAUUUGGUUUGGAAUAAAGGUUUUGUUCAGAAUCGCUGGAUUUAACCGGAGCGUUCACAGACACCACCUGUUGCAUAAAGCGGCAUUUAUAAAUGAUAAGGUGUCUUUUUCCCGGGAUGAGGAGAGGAAUCCUUUAAUCUGUCUGGAUAAACGGCCUUCCUGCCUGAACAGAGGAAGGAUCAGACUGUUCUUCAGUCAAAUGUACAGCGGAGAAACGCUGCUUCCAGAGAAAGCCGCGUUUCCUGGAGGAGACAUAAACUAUUUAACCGUUUAUGAUGCUGAAAAGAAGCGAACGAGGCCUCAGAGGGGACCGGUGCAUUCCACGGUGCAGGAAGAAAACCCCCACAAUGCCCCUCUGUUGUUCCCGACAAUGUAAGGUGACACCGCUCCCCUCCUCCUCCCCGGCAGGGAUGAUCUGUUCUUUUCUCCAUAAAGUGGGAAAAAAGGGAGUGGGGCUGAAAUCGGAGCAGUUUCCUGGGAGGUGGAGGAGAUUUAUGGUCUGUUUGUGUGCGAGGAAGAGGAGGAGGAGGAGGACGAAGUGGGACGAAGGUCUGCAGAUCCUGGACGAGCCUGGGCUGAGGAAGAUCCUGAGGAGGAAGAGCUGAGCUCUCUGAGCGGCUGGACUUUGACUUGUUUCUGUUUGGAUCGCAGGACGGGAAAUAUCCAGGUGGGAAGGUGGGGGCAAAGGUCACUGCUGCCAUUUCUGUCCUCUAAAGCAGUUUACUCUGGUUUCUUCCUGUUUUCACUCACCGAGCUGCAGAAACGAGCGAACCCUCUGCAGGUCUGCUGAGCGCCGCAGAGCCGACCCAGCUGUUUGAGCUUCGAUCCGUUUCCACACAUCCAGCAGGUCGAAACGCCGCCGUCGGUUUUCCUGCUGCGGCUCCUGCAGCUCCGUGCUUCUCCGAGUUAGAAGCGAAACAAGCGCCGCCGCUUCGCUCUCGUUCCUCUGCAGGCGGUCGGUGGAUUUGUGGCUUUUGGAGGGUUUUUUUUUUUAGCUUCUUUGGCUUAACUGGAAGUCAGGAAGUGAGGAUCAGCCGACUUGUCCUCACACGCUGAAAAAUGACUCACUGGACGAACUCGGCUCAGUUCAAGGCAGUUUCUCCAUCCAACCGAAUCCACACGCAUCUGAAGGAAAGAAUCACCUCAGAAUGUGAAUAAUUUAGAUGAAAGGAUGCUGCAGGGAGCUGAAGACGGACUGAGCCCCACCUGAACCCCCGUCCCGACCCGACCGCCGCCGUCCCAUCAUGCACCUGCUGUGCCGCGGGCGCCUCAAGCUGCUGGUGGCGUCUCUGACCGCCGUCGUCCUGCUCACCUGGCUCUACCUGCUGGCAGGAAACCUGGAGAAUGGCCGCUCCCUCCUCUUGGCGCCCUGCUUGCCCGACACGCCCGCCGCACAGGUUCUGGAGCGAGCCGUCCUGGAGUCCCGGGUCCGAGAGGUGGAGGAGGAGAACCGGCAGAUCAAGCUGCAGCUCAGCCAGUCGCAGGGCGCCGCCCAGCUCUCUGACGGUAACUACGGCAACCAGCAGUGGGGCGCAUCAGCGGACACGGUGCCGGAGGACGGCGACAACACGGCGGAGGAGAAGAGCAACCACACAGACUGCUCCCGAUCGCCGCUGGUCCAGAAGUGUGAGCUGAUCCAUGUAGCCUGUGUUUGUGCCGGUCACAACGCCAGCAGAGACGUGGUCACUCUGGUCAAGUCCGUCCUCUUUCACAGGAGGAAUCCUCUCCACUUCCAUUUCAUCACCGAUUCGGUGGCCAGUCGGAUCCUCGGCUCCCUGUUCCGGUCCUGGAUGGUUCCGUCUGUUCAAGUCAGCUUCUACGACGCCGAGGAGCUCAAGUCCGAAGUUUCCUGGAUCCCCAACAAGCAUUACUCAGGUAUUUACGGCUUGAUGAAGCUGACGCUAACCAAAGCUUUACCGGCCGACCUGGCGAAGGUCAUCGUCCUGGAUACGGACAUCACCUUCGCCACCGACAUCGCCGAGCUGUGGGGCAUCUUCAAGAAGUUCACUGAUAAGCAGGUGAUCGGUCUGGUGGAGAACCAGAGCGACUGGUACCUGGGCAACCUGUGGAAGAACCACAAGCCCUGGCCGGCGCUGGGGCGGGGCUUCAACACGGGCGUCAUCCUGCUCUACCUGGAGCGACUCCGGAGAAUCAGCUGGGAACAGAUGUGGCGCCUGACGGCAGAGCGGGAGCUGAUGAGCAUGCUCAGUACGUCGCUGGCGGACCAGGACAUCUUCAAUGCCUUCAUCAAGCAGAACCCGGUCCUGGUGCACCAGCUGCCCUGCUUCUGGAACGUCCAGCUGUCGGAUCACACUCGCUCUGAGCAAUGCUACACCGAGGUGUCCGACCUCAAGGUGAUCCACUGGAACUCUCCAAAGAAACUGCGAGUGAAGAACAAACACGUGGAGUUUUUCAGGAACCUCUACCUGACCUUCCUGGAGUACGACGGCAACCUGCUGCGGAGGGAGCUGUUCGGCUGCCCGAGCCAGGCCAGUCCGGAGAGCGUCCGGCUGCAGGCGGCGCUGGAGGAGCUGGACGAAGACGAUCAGUGCUAUGACUUCCGGCGUGAGCGGCUGACGGUGCACCGGGUCCACCUGUACUUCCUGCAGUACGACUACACGCCUGCUGAGGACGACACCGACGUCACGCUGGUGGCUCAGCUGUCCAUGGACAGGCUGCAGAUGCUGGAAGCCAUCUGUAAGCACUGGGAGGGCCCCAUCAGCCUGGCGCUCUACAUGUCCGACGCCGAGGCGCAGCAGUUCCUGCGCUACGCUCAGGCCUCCGAGGUCCUCAAGAACCGCAAGAACGUCGGCUACCACAUCGUCUACAAAGAAGGCCAGUUCUACCCGGUCAACCUGGUGAGGAACGUGGCCCUGAGGAACGCCAACACGCCCUACGUGUUCCUGACAGACGUGGACUUCCUGCCGAUGUACGGUCUCUACGACUACCUCAGAAAGUCGAUCGUCCAGCUGGAUGUGGCUCAUACCAAGAAGGCUCUGGUGGUCCCGGCCUUCGAGACGCUGCGCUACCGUCUGUCCUUCCCCAAAUCCAAAGCCGAGCUCCUCUCCAUGCUGGACAUGGGGACUCUCUACACCUUCAGGUACCACGUGUGGCCGAAGGGUCACGCUCCCACCAACUAUGCUAAGUGGCGAACGGCGACCACGCCCUACAAGGUGGAGUGGGAGUCGGACUUCGAGCCGUACGUGGUGGUGAGGCGGGACUGCCCCGAGUACGACCAGCGCUUCGUGGGCUUUGGCUGGAACAAGGUGUCCCACAUCAUGGAGCUGGACGCUCAGGAGUUCGACCUCAUGGUCCUUCCCAACGCCUUCAUGAUCCACAUGCCGCACGCUCCCAGCUUUGACAUCUCCAAGUUUCGCUCCAGCUCCAGCUACCGCAACUGUCUGAACACGCUGAAGGACGAGUUCCACCAGGAUCUGUCCAGGAAGUACGGCGCCGCCGCCCUCAAGUACCUGACGGCCCAGAGGAACAUGUGAGCUCCAGACGGAGCGCUGAGGCCCGGAGCGCGUCUGGCGGAACCGUGAAGCUUUAUGGCCCGUCGGAGCGGCGGCGGCGGCGAAGGAAAACAGGAACCAUAACGGUUUUCACUUUGUUCUGACAAUCAGGGCUUUUCCCACUGGGAGCCAGUCCGGACCCGGCGCUCCGGGUCGAGGGAAACCAGUCGAGCUGGAGAACGAUUCAAGCCUUAUCAACUUCACGACAUUUACAAAGAUAUUUAAUAACACUUUUUUUGUUUUUUAAGGCAUAAAUCUGAACCAAUGAUAGCGAAACAUUUGCAUUUACAGAGUUUUGAUUACGGCUUUAUAUUUCUGGACGGGUUUAAGGGAAAAGAACCCGACGGUUUCCGGAUCAGAUCACGUUUCCGUGUGCUUUAAGUGUGUGUGCGAUCUGUCGCCGCAGCGACGCCACUCGGAGUCACGUCUGCUUCGUUCUGCAUGUAAACCGCUGCACCAGGUCCUCAUCUCAUCGCUCGGGUUUCACAGCGGCAAAGAAGUUCUGACCGGACCGACCGGGACCAACAGGAAGCUGGACUUUACGUCUGAGUCACUGGAUGUCUGCGCCGUCUACUGACCGUUUUCACUCGUCAUCCUGCUGAGUUUUACUCAUCCAGCUGAAAUUAACUCGUUUUUCCUGCUGCUGCGUCAAAAUUCUUCAUAUUUAAGGAAAUUCUGUGUUUUUUAGAUCCAAACACUGAAAAAACACAAAACUUUACCAAGUAACUUUGGUCGAGUUUCUGGUGCAAAUAUCCUAGUAAACGUUUCAGCAAGACACGGAGGCUUGUUUUAAUAAAUAAUUCCUUAAUUUUGUUCCAGUGGCAGAUAAAUGAACUUAAAAUGCUGUGAAACAAGAUGGCCGCCAUGGGCAUGAUGACAUCACUCUGAACGAUGGAGACCCAAGAACAUCAUUGGUGGGUAAAAGAAAUAAAAUCAAGUUAUGGCCCAGUCCUAGAUUCAACUAAGGUCAAAGGUCAUGAUUCAACGAUGACAGAGAGAAACUGGUCAAAGAUGGCCGCCGCGGGAGGAAUCCAAGACCAGAACCGGCGCUGACCCGUCUCAGAGAUCACCCCGAUGCUCUCCACGGUGGUGGCAGCAUGAUGCACUGGGAAAAUAAUAACAAACAUUUUAGUAAUUCCUCCUCUGAUUGGCUCAAAAAAAUUAUAAAAAAAAAAAAAGACAUUUUAGGAAAGUUGAUGAAAUCGUUCUGAAAAUAUUCAGUUUUCUCUUCGAUCCGAAACAUUUAAACAAAACAGGAAAUAAAUUUGUGUGAAGGGAAACUUUUAGGUCCCACCUGAUCGCCUGACUAUAAAAAAAAACUAUUUGAAUUCAUUAAUCUAUAAUUAAUCAUAAUCAGGGUAAAAAUGAAGAAUUCAUAAACAAACGAGCAGCAAGAAAAACAUCUUAAUUCCAGCUAGAUUUCCUGUUUUUAUUUAAUUUUUUAUGAAAGUAUUUAACGUUCAGAUUUUCUCCUCUGGACUUCGGUUUAAUUAAAAUUGUUAUUUUAUUUUUUUAAUCUUUGUUUUGUUUUGAACCGUUUCGUUUUUACGCCGCCGCCAUGUUGAGGGAAGCGUCGUCGCUGCGGCUCCCCGGCGGAGGAAACGUCCCGGUACCAAACGUCGGAUCGCGUCUGGCGCAGAGCGACUGGACCGUUGCCAUGGAGACCGUCGCGGCUCCGUCCACGCCGCCUCCAGCCUCUUGUUGUUGAUUGUGGUAAAUGCUAGUGCCUUUUGCUGUAUUGUGAAACUGGAUAUUGAUUGUACAGUCGUACGGACGGCGCGGCCUGGAACCGACAGGCUCUAUUUAUUAUUGUUGACUCAAAUCAAUCAUAUUUUUCUAUGUAAGUGCUUUAAAUAAAUUUGCCCUUUUCUAAUUA